AUGGAUGGAAAAAUAGAAGUGUUAAAAAAGGGAAAAGAACCCUCGAGACAAGUAUUACGAAGCUUCUGAACGAAUUAGCGGCAGAAUUAUCGACGAAAACGCCAAACAAGGAAAAUGUCACGGCAAAAAUUCAGAACAUCGACAAGCGACGGGAUGAAUUAUUGGAGCUGUUGGACUCGCUUCAAACCUUGUACGGAGAAAAUAAGCAUGCAUCGCUGGCAGCUUCAACAGGUGAUGAAGCAGAUAAAAUGAUAGAUCAUGUGGAUAACGAGACAAAGGAAGCUCGGCUUUUCUUAUCGCAAAGUAACAGCAAGGAAAGCGAAGGAAAUAACACAAGCCAGAUCGGGCGCAAAUGGCAAAGAUGGUCACGCGGUCGAUGCAAACAAACAGCUUGA